AUUUAAGUUGUCGUUGGGGCCUAUACUGAAAGUGGGGAUGUCAAUCGGGCCAAUUCUUCGAGUUUCUCGCGCAUUUUUUAUCGACUUAUCAAUCAAGUUAUAAUGCUAUUCGGAUUAAAAUUAUUGAGUUAAAAGUUUUUACCUUAAUCUUCUCAAUUAAUGGCCUAUUCGGACUAAUCUAUGUACUUUGGAUUGAAUUGACAUCUCUAAUCAAAGUUCAGAAGAGAUAUAGUAUGAAAUUAUUAGGAAUCCACCUUUCCCCUUCAUCCUAACUUCAAAAGUCCUCCCAAACGCGCCCUUCCUUCCCAAUCACCCUCAUAAUAUUAGGAAUCCCACUUUGAUUUGGACUAGGAAUUAAUCGAACAAAACUAUUAAUAUAGCGACGUGGAUGAUUAAUUCUAAUUAUUUGGAUUGGCAUUAAAUUAAUUUAGUAGUUUGAAAGAUGAAAAUUGUGGAGCAAUGGUUGAAAGCAUGGUUGGAUAAGCCGUUUUACGCAGCAGAAAAGUGCACAAGGCAUACCAAGCAUUACAACACCGUCUUCUGCGUCACGUGUUUGGGAGACCCCUUUUGCGAGUAUUGCUGGAAAGACUCCAACCUACACAACCACGAUCAUCAUCAAAUUCUGCACGUUCGGCGCGCUUCAGAGAGGACAUCUGUUGAAGUGGAAGACAUAAAGAAGUUUCUUGACAUAUCAAAAAUUCAAGUGUAUUGUAUCAAUAAAAAAAGCAUUGUCUUCCUCAAGCCGCAUGAAGAAGGAGCCCCCGACGCCUCUCAAAAACCCUAUUGCCACACGUGUCAUAGAAGACUCAUAAAAUCAUAUCAAUUCAAGGAAUACAAAUUUUGUUCUAUUGCGUGUAAGGUUGGAAUCAACAAACUUGACAUGAAGAUAGAGCAACAACCAUCGCCGCCGCUAAGUAUGAUGAUUAAUAAUGAUCAACGGCGUCACUUCAUCUCACAGCGCAAGAGAAGUAGAAAAGGAAUCCCACAUAGGGCACCACUUCAAUGAUAAACAUUGUGAUAGAAUUUAUAAAUUCACUUUAUAAAAUAGAACUCUACUAUGUAUAUAGAAUUUUGAUGAUGUGGAUUCAGUAAUUAAUAUUACUCCACUAUUUUUUUUGAAGUUAAUAUUACUCUCCACUAUUAAUAUGUCUA